GAUUACAACUGGAUGAGCUUGAGACAGGCUGAAGCUUACAGAGAACCUGGAACUGUAGCACGCCACACGAAGUUCUUAGGAAAAAGGCAGGACCAGGUUGAUGUUAGCUAUCACAGCUAGCUAGCCAGCUACACUGCAGAACUACACCAAAGCGUCACAGAAAAUGGGAAGUGCAAUUAUUAGUCAAAGACUUCAUGUUGGACUGCAGCAGCUCACAGCUUUGGCGGCUGUCACACAUUCCUUUUUGGGCCCCAAUAAAAACCACAAGUUUAUUCAAGACGAGUCUACCGGGGAGUCGUCCUUGGUGUGCACAUGUUUCCGCGUCUUGGAGCACUUAGACCUGACCUGCUCUGUAGGUCAGCUGGCCAAUGAGACAAUCCAAGCUCACCAGAAGGUCUUCCACUCUGGUGCGGGGUGCCUGCUAUUUAUGGCUGGGGUCUGGAGCAGGGCUGCCCUCGAAUGUCUCCACAGAGACAUUUCAAUCCCACAUAUUGUGUCAGCCAUGUCUGAAGGGCUGGAUAUAUGUUGCAAAGUCUGCAGGUCAAACAGUGUGUCGAUUGAAGACGUUCGACCGGUUGCUUCUGUUAGUGGCACAUCAGUACUCCAGGGCUCUCCACACACAGUGUUACAUAACCCUGUCACAGGGAUGAACCCUAGCCAUGGGGCCCUCAACAACAAAAAACAAAGCAGAAUAAAACUCACUCACAGCAGACAUUUUUGUGCAAAUGAUGAAGCUGAUGAGAACACCACACCAGGGUUAUUUUCCCAUGCAGUGAGUUCUAAAGGAGUUGAUAUUGCUCACCUCGCUGAAGCUGUGAGCCAUGGAUGUGUGGAUGCAAUGAGCUUAGUGGUUGAGGUGAGCAAGAUGCAGUCAAAGAACAAUGGAAGUGGUGACAGCUGGAGAACAUUUGAUGUCAACAAGCUGGUAACGUGCACUCUGCCAGGCUUGUCAGAGGACCAUUCAUGUGUUUUACCAGGUUGUGUUAUUCUGCUCUCUGCAGAGCAGGCUUCCCUUGUACAUCACAUGAAAGAACAGAAGUGGCAAGUUGUUCUCAUUAAUGGAGAUCUCAGUGAAAAAUAUCGCCAUCUUGGUUUCAAUAGCAAGAAUGACAUCAGCCAAGUGACCGACAAGUUGGACUUGAAAGGCCUCAGCAAAGAAGAUGAUUGGGAAGACAAUGUUUUAACAACUCUGUUGAAAAACAAUGUGAAUCUAGUUUUAGUCAAUGGAGAGGCAAGUGAAAGACUCACCCAGCACUGCAUGAGUCACCGUAUACUUGUGGUUGAGAGGAUGAAGCCUGACAUUUUGAAGGACUUUGCGGAAACAACAGGAGCUGUCCCUGUCACCUAUGCCACACAACUGAGUAAGCACUGUGUCGGCACCGGGGUAGAAAUCUCCAUAUGGAGAGACUGCAGUGGCAACAGAAGGAGAGCAUCAAUGGCUGUGAACAUUGUCGCUGAUCGCACUGCGCUGGUCACAGUGGUCCUCACCACCUCUGUGCACAGCAAGCUACAGACCUUGGAGGACUGUUUCUGGGGCUGUGCCUAUCGCCUACACCACACACUGAAAGACAGGAAACUACUCCCCGGUGCUGGAAAGACUGAAUUGCUUUGUGUUCAAAUCCUUCAAAAGCACAUUAAAGAUAAUGGUGAGCAAACAAGAGGCAAAGAUGGAACCUCUGCCCCACAAGCUAAACUAGGAAGAGCAGGAAACCCACACAGGGCUGAUGUGUUUCAACUCAUGGCAGAUGGUUGGAUGGACUACAUUUCCACUCUGAUGUUGAACAGUGGAACCUGUUCAAAAGUGGACGCUUGGACUACAAUCAAUCAGCAGCUGAUGGAUUUGAAUGGGGGAUUAUCUCUAGAUGCUAAUUUCUCAAGACUGCUAUUAAGAGAUGACACCGAGGAUGGUAUGAUGUCCCCAGAUAUGAAGCGCAGUGCAGGGAAGGUCUAUGACAAUAUGACAGUGAAGUUGGAAGCAUGGAGGAAAGCCCUGGAUCUUGUUUUCCUUGUAUUACAGACGGACACUGAGAUCAUUACUGGCAUAGAUCCUAAACAAGUGGAGGGGCAAUCAAAUGUUAUGGUGCUUUAAUGGUUUUAACACAUUGCUGCGCACUAUCAUUUUUGAAUAUUAUCAUGAAAUGCAUAACAUGUCUAAAUGUGUUUUAUUCUUUGAAUCCAAAUAUGUGGAAAAAUGAAUAAACUGUUGUAAUUUCAGAAGUAUAAUUUAAGUUAUUAGAGCUUGUCGGCCAUUAGUAAAUUGCACUGGCCCAGCAAUAUUUUACCACAUGGGGGAGACAAAGGAUAUGAACGUUAAUCCAUUUCACAUGGUUUCCAACUCUAUGGCUAUAUCAAUAAAUAUGUCAAAAUCCAGUCACUGAGGUGCUUGUGUGUUCAGAUCUCAGUCAAUGUUUUCAUGCUUAUCCCCAUCCUAGAAUUACAUCUAAAUCAUCUUACAUCCCACCUCGUGCACAAGUUAUAUUGUACGUUCCACCCAGAGCCAAAGUUACAGAACAAGCAUUUUUUAAAACCUUUAUUUAACUAGGCAAGCCAGUUAAGAACAAAUUCUUAUUUACAAUGAUGGCCUACCCCGGCCGAACCCUAACCCAGACAAUGCUGGGCCAAUUGUGCGCAGCCCUAUGGGACUUCUAAUCAUGGCCGGUUGUGAUAUGGCCUGGAAUUGAACCAGGGUCUGUAGUGAUGCCUCUAGCACUGAGAGGCAGUGCCUUAAACCGCUGCGUCACUUGGGAGCACUUCGAACACUGCAAAGGUCUAAGUCCCAGCCAACAGGACAUGGUUUCAUGACUUGCUUGGUCCUGUUUGUCAUAACAUAGAAUAGUUUGUAGAAAAAUAAACAUUUCUAGACAAAGUAAAUGUGUCUGUCAGAUCUGUAUAAUCCGCAACCCUGGAAAUGUGAAAAGGACAACAAUGUCCACAUUUCUUAUUAGGUCCCAGGAGCUGCCUUGUUUUUAUGGAACAGUAAACUUUAAUUAUGAGCUUGUCACCUUGUUUUGGCUGGCCAUAUUUCCAUUGGCCAUAGUCUAACAAAGGUGCUCCAUAGGGAUCGUAACAGAGACGGUGAGGGCUUUACUUUGGGAUCAAGAGGAAUUUUAACUCGAGCAUCACUCAAUGGUGGUGUUGCUGUGAAUGGGUGGGGGUGUGAUGACCAAUGAAAACAUGACAUCUGAGAAGGAAAUGGGUCAGACCAAACUGGUGGCAAAUUUGGAAGUUCAAACUAGGGCCAUUUUUUUAUGUGUCUGCUCACAACCCAACCUGCAUUGGAGGAGAGUCUGAAGCAAACCAAAGCCUGAUGCUUCAUCAUGGCAAACAGAGAGUGAGACAGUGUACCUGGAGAUGAAUGCGUUUCUAUGUGAAGUAGUGUCUGAAAAUUAUUCCCUUGGCACACAAUUCCCACACAAAGACCUUCAGUUUCAACACGGAAUGAUUCUGAAACGAUUAUCAGCCCAUCUGAGGAUAGCCAAGUGAAUAGAAAGUAUUAUUUUGUGCUGAGCUAUUGUGG